GACUAUAAAUAUCGAUCAUUGUGAUCGGAGUAAAUUAUUCUGAAGAAAGUUUUCGAUCGAAAUGCUGUUUUUUAUCCAAAUAAUUUUCGCCGUUACGAUUCUGACCAAAGGUUACCAAUGUGCUGGUUGCUUUGGAUCUGAAGCCGACGAUUUUUUUGAUGUUAGCUCCCUUUUCUACCCGAUCCCGAGCUAUAACAUUAAGGCACAUAACUUGGAAAGUGUUUUUGUAGGAUUUAAAACAUCAAUCGUAAAUGUAAUUAAAUCUCUCGAUGGCGAAAAAACCGAGACUAAUGCUGCACAUUUAUUGAUUUUACUCCAUUCAAAUUUACAUGAAUUUUCGAUUUGGGUGAGCAAUAUUCUAAAUAUGCAGAACACAAUAACUGAGUUCGUGAAUGGCACUAUCAGCGAAGAUAAAAAGUUUAUAUCAGACAACCUGAAAAUUUUAAAAAAGUUGAAAAUGAACAAAAUAACAGAAUUGGGAAAUAUUUUUCAAAAGCAUGCAUCGGCUAUGAUCAAACACCAUAAUGAUAUAAACAAAAAUAUCGGCUUAUUGGCCAGAGAAAUGACCCAUCGUAAGAUAAUUGUUAAUAUGAUUACUGAUCAUAUUACAAAAAAUGGCAUACUUCCGGAAUCACUGAAGGCAAUUUUUGAUACUGUGAAACCAAAACUAUUCCAAGCCACUACUAAUAUGGUCGAAAUAAACCAAUCGAUGUCAGAGUGUAUUGCUCUUAAAAAUGGAAUUAAACCAACUGUAGAGUUGAACAAUUUCCUAAAAACGGCCCUUUUAAGUGGAACAAAAUCAAGCAAAAAUCUUGAAAUUGGUUCUACUUCUAUGAAAAAAAAUGCAAUAAAAAUGUAAUCGUCAAUUUUGUACAUAAAAUGCAAAAUUGAAGAAAACUUUAUUAUUAUAUCGUGAUAAAAUAAAUGUUUCUUCUAUAUAAUUUCUGUAAUU